AUGCGAAUGGCGGUUAUACAGGAAGAGGAAGAAAAUCAGGCUAUCGAUGUCGCGUCUUCAGGUGAAGAAGAUCAUGUGUCUGAACACAGUGUCGACGAAGAUUAUGAGCCUUCUGACGAUUUUGUUGAAAGUGCGAUGGAGGAGGACGACGAAGAUUAUUUGAAGAACGCUAGUUUGGAACAACGACUUUUAGACGCGCAAGCGCGUCGAGUCGAGCUAGCAGCAGAUAGCCGUAACCGGGGUCGACCAACAACAACGUUGAGAGGAAAGAAUAGCUAUAAAUGGUCUACAAGAGCAGCUGGAAGGCUGUCAGAUCGAAUAAACGAACCAGAGAAAGACGUUAUUCCUGGCCCCAUUGAUCCAGCAGCCGGUUUGGGGACUAUGGAGCAGUUUUGGGAGGCGUUAAUCACCGACGAAAUCUUCCAAAAAAUUGUUGAGCAUACCAAUCAACAGAUUGAGCACGUAUGUGCUAUAAUGAUGGCGAAAGUUAUAGUGAAUAUGGGGACAAUAACAGCGGCCAAUCUAAAGGAAUAUUGGGCAAAAGACUCUACAAGUCAUAUUCCAUUUUUCCUGAAUACAUUCUCGAGAGAGCGGUUUACCCAAACUUUUUGGAUGCUACAUACAGAGAUAGUUUCAGCGUCAAGUAGCAACACCAGAACACGUUUGCAACUGAUAACUGGCUACCUUGACUACAUAAACUCCAGACUUUUGAACCAUUUCACACCGGACAAAGAAAUUUGUGUUGAUGAAUCUGUCGUCAAAUUCAAAGGACGGGUUUCAUUUAUUACGUACAACCCAAAAAAGCCGAUUAAAUGGGGCAUCCGAAUAUAUACAUUGGCAGAUUCCGGUACGGGAUAUGUUUGCGGAAUUCUACCCUACUAUGGCAGCCUUACAACACAAACAUUGAUCAGACCGGACCUACCAGUAUCAACAAGAAUUCCGUUGCAUUUAUAUGCAAUGCUGUUGAAUAGAGAGAUCCUGGUGCGCAGGGACAUCACAUGUUUACCGACCGGUAUUACACCAGCUACAUCUUGGCGAUCGAAUUACAGAAAUUGA